AUGGCGGCGGGCGGCGCGGAGCGGUACUUUACACGCUGGUACAAGCCAGAUGUGAAGGGGCGGCCGUGCGAGGACUUCUGCGUGCUGCAGCACUCCAACAGAAUCUGUGUCAUCACCUUGGCAGAAGCUCAUCCUCUUCUUCAAAGUGGAAAAACAAUUAAAAACAUUAAUUAUCAAAUUAGUGCCAACUGUAGCAGACUCCAGAAUAAAGUCUCUGGGAAAUCAAAAAGGGGAGCUCAGUUUCUAACAGAACUUGCCCCUUUGUGCAGGAUAUCUUCAUCAGAUGGAGAGGAAUACACCAUUUACAGUUGUAUACGAGGGCGACUGAUAGAAGUGAAUGAGAACAUCCUUAGCAACCCUGCUCUUCUACAAGAAAAGCCAUCAACUGAGGGAUACAUCGCAGUGGUUCUACCCAAAUUUGAAGAAAGCAAGAGUGUAACUCAAGGACUUCUGACACAGAAGGAGUAUGAGGAAGUUUUGUUGAAACGUCUUAAUUCUUCUUCAUGACAUUUGUUAUAUAGUUAUCAUCUGUAUUUGAGU